CGGGGUCAGAACUCGGGCGGCUGAACCCAACGCGGCUUUUUGGAGGCCGCUGCUGAGCAGCGCCCCGGCGGGGCCGAGCAGGAGCGGCACCAUGGAUUCCUUCAAGGUGGUACUAGAGGGGCCAGCACCUUGGGGCUUCCGGCUGCAGGGGGGCAAGGACUUCAAUGUGCCCCUCUCCAUCUCCCGGCUCACUCCUGGAGGUAAAGCUGCGCAGGCCGGCGUGGCCGUGGGCGACUGGGUUUUGAGUAUCGAUGGCGAGAAUGCGGGGGGCCUCACACACAUCGAAGCCCAGAACAAGAUCCGUGCCUGCGGGGAGCGCCUCAGCCUGGGUCUCAGCAGGGCCCAGCCGCCUCAGAGCAAACCGCAGAAGGCCCUGGCCUCCGCCGCGGACCCCCCGCGGUACACCUUUGCACCCAGCGCCUCCCUCAACAAGACGGCCCGGCCCUUCGGGGCCCCCCAGCCCGCUGACAGCGCCCCGCAGCAGAAUGGGUGCAGACCCCUGACAAGUCAACAGCCGCUCCGACUGCUGGUCCCAGACGCCAGCAAGCAGCGGCUGAUGGAGGACACGGAGGACUGGCGGCCGAGGCCUGGGACAGGCCAGUCCCGUUCCUUCCGCAUUCUCGCCCACCUCACGGGCACCGAGUUCAUGCAAGACCCGGAUGAGGAGCAUCUGAAGAAAUCAAGCCAGGUGCCCAGGACAGAAGCCCCAGCCCCAGCUUCAGCUACACCCCAGGAACCCUGGCCUGGCCCGACCACCCCCAGCCCCACCAGCCGCCCGCCCUGGGCUGUGGACCCUGCGUUCGCUGAGCGCUACGCCCCGGACAAGACCAGCACGGUGCUGACCCGGCACACCCAGCCAGCCACACCCACGCCCAUGCAGAACCGCACCUCCAUUGUGCAGGCUGCCGCUGGAGGGGGCCCUGGAGGCAGCGGUGGCAGCAAUGGCAAGACUCCCGUGUGCCACCAGUGCCACAAGGUCAUCCGGGGCCGCUACCUGGUGGCACUGGGCCACGCGUACCACCCCGAGGAGUUUGUGUGCAGUCAGUGUGGGAAGAUCCUGGAAGAGGGUGGUUUCUUCGAGGAAAAGGGCGCCAUCUUCUGCCCGCCCUGCUAUGACGUGCGCUAUGCACCCAGCUGUGCCAAAUGCAAGAAGAAGAUCACUGGCGAGAUCAUGCAUGCCCUGAAGAUGACCUGGCACGUGCAUUGCUUCACCUGUGCGGCCUGCAAGACACCCAUUCGGAACAGGGCCUUCUAUAUGGAGGAGGGGGCCCCCUACUGCGAGCGAGACUAUGAGAAGAUGUUUGGCACAAAAUGCCGAGGCUGUGACUUCAAGAUCGAUGCCGGGGACCGCUUCCUGGAGGCGCUGGGCUUCAGCUGGCACGAUACGUGCUUCGUGUGCGCGAUAUGUCAGAUCAACCUGGAAGGAAAGACUUUCUACUCCAAGAAGGACAAGCCCCUUUGCAAGAGCCACGCCUUCUCCCACGUCGCUGGGACCCACUGCUGGAGAUCAGUGCACACACUGCUCUCCUCUUGGCCCAGCUGGUUACCCAACUCAGAACUCAGAGGCCCAGCCCCACCACCUCCCAGAUUGGACCAGGUAAAGUUUGCUCAGGUUCUGUCACCUCCUCUGGGAAGACAGGGGUGGGAGGCUUUGUAGGUGGAGGUAAAAGCUUCUGAGAGCUGCAGAGGGUUUCAGGAUUCCAGCUCAGACAGGAGCAGGGAUGCUCCAGGGGGCCCUGGCAGUGGUGUCCACUUCCCCUCGAGGGACUCCUCUUAGGCCCCAGUGUUUUCUGUGUUCAGAGCUUUGGGAAAUUAAGGUGCCAGGAGGCUGGCCAUGGAGUGUCCUUGGAGGAGCCCUGCCCUGAGAGUCUGGGGUUAGAUUCCUCUGGGAGGCCUGAGGCUUGGGAGAGAAGGCAAAGGAUUUCCUAGUCUGGCCCCACCUGAGAGGACU